AGAGAGGUGGGUGGGGGAGGCAUCACUGCAUCACCCCAGCACACAGCAGCAGCAGCAGCAGGCUGGGCUCUGAGAUCUAUUGUUCCCUGGUUUCUUGCUGCCAGACCUCAGACUCUCCCCUAUUAGGAACACAUCAGAGCAUUCAUCUGCAUUCAGACAGGAGCAUUCAUCAAGGAAGAGGAGCGCUGAGAAAUUACACAUUCGAGGCAUUGGCUUGUCCAGAAGCAAAGCCAAAGCAGAUCCCAGGUUUGCCUGAACCACUGCUUUUAUUCCAGCAUUGGGAACAACAGUUCUUGGCACGCGGCAGCCAUGAGGCUGGCUUGCAAAGCCACGAGGACGCAAGCAGCCUGGAGAUGUUCACCACUUCACUCUCUCUGGAGGCUGGCACUGUUCUUUCUGCCGAUAUCGGACCUGAAUGCACAAACUACAGUGGAAACUACACCUGUGUAUAUCUGGCAAACAGGUCCUUGGGGGCGCUGUAUGGGCAAUGAAUGUGGGCCUGGUGGCAGCCAGAGCAGGGCAGUGUGGUGUGCCCAUGUUGAAGGCUGGACUACUUUGCACACAAAUUGUGGCCAACUGGUGCAGCCGGAUAACCAGCAGAACUGUUUCCGAGUGUGUGACUGGCACAAGGAACUAUACGACUGGCAGCUGGGUGCCUGGAACCAGUGUGUCCCAAGAUCAAUGCGCAGUGCUGGUAUGCAGCGCUCUGCUGUAUGCACCAAGGGAGAAGAAGGCAUCCAGACCCGUGAGGUGGCCUGUGUUCAGAAAAGAAACGGUGAGCCUGCUGAGGAUGCAAUCUGUGAAUACUUUGAGCCUAAACCACGCCUGGAGCAGGCAUGUCUUAUACCCUGUCCACAGGACUGUGUAGUGUCCGAGCUCAGUCCAUGGUCUUCUUGUUCUAAAACAUGUGGAAUGGGUCUACAGUACCGGAUUCGUGUUGUCCUGGCUCCACCAUUAUUUGGUGGAGCAGUUUGCCCAAACCUGUCUGAGUUCCAAACAUGCCAGCCAGUUCUGUGUGAAGAAGAGGAGAGUCUCUACAGCCUCAGAGUGGGACCCUGGAGUUCCUGCUCUAUGCCACCGCUACAGCAAACCAGACAAACUGGUAAACACCUCAGAAAAAGAGAAAACCCACCAACAGAAAGUGAUGAAGUUUCCAGGGAGGGUGAAAUAGUGCCCAAAGGGCUUAAAAAGCAAUCUCAGGUUAGUGACAAACUUUACAAAGAGGCCAAUAAACCAUCCAGAGAUGAUGACAAACAAUCUAGAGAGGGGGUCAUCGUGCCCUCAUAUGGAGGUAAAAGGUUCAGAAAAGGAGAUAAAUUGUCCAGUGAUGGAAACACACCAACUAGACCCAUCAAUAAACUGGGCAAACCAAAGCAGCAACCAGAUAAAGAUAGACCAUCUCUGCAAGCCGACAGACCACAACAGAAAAAGACCAAAAACAAGGAGAAAAAAGGCAAAAGAAGAGAGCGAGUCAGACAAAAGUUGCGGGAAAGGGGUAAAAUGAAGAAUCUGGAGACCAGUGAACUCAUCAAGAAGAAGAGGAACAGGAAUCGUCAGAACCGCCCAGGUGGACGGUUCUGGAACCUUCAGAUCGGUUACCAGACGAGAGAAGUGAACUGUGUACAGUUCAUGAGUGGGAAAGCUGAAGCUCUCAGCCUGUGUUCUCAAGAGACUUUGCCAGUGACCUACCAGGCCUGUGUAAUUCCCGAAGCCUGUGAGGUGACAGAAUGGACAGAGUGGUCAGCUUGCUCUAAGGAUUGCUCCAGCUCCAAGGGCGUGCACACUCGGACACGACAAGUGAUCCAGGUCCCGGUUGGUGGCAGAACACAGUGUCCACAGCUGGAGGAAAAGGAGUUCUGUGCCCCCCAAGGAGAAGGAGCACCUCCCUGCAAUGUAUACACCUGGAAGACUACUGAGUGGACGGAGUGCAGGGUAGAUGGCCUACUGAGUCAACAGGAUCGUCGCCGUGGAAACCAGACAGGAUUGUGUGGUGGCGGGAUUCAGACUCGGGAGGUUUACUGUGUGCAGGCCAGUGCUAAUACACCAUCGAACCUCAGUUCAGUCAGAGGCAAAGAAGCACGACCCGUGGAUAGUGAUCGCUGCUUGGGUAUUCCACCAAUAACCUCCCAACUUUGCCACAUUAGUUGUCCUGUUGAAUGUAAGAUAUCUUCCUGGAGUGCCUGGGGGCCUUGUACAUAUGAAAACUGCCAGGAUCAGGCAGUCAAAAAAGGGUUCAAACUGAGGAAGAGAAAAGUCAUCAUUGAGCCUACGGGUGGGAUGUGGAACUGCCCUCAUCUGGUUGAGGCAAUACCAUGUGAAUAUCCAAGCUGCUAUGACUGGGUGGUGGUGAAACUGGAGGAGUGCGUACCUGAUAAUGAAAAAAAGUGUGGACCAGGAACCCAAAUCCCUGAAGUGCAGUGUGUCAACAGUGAUGGCGAGCACGUGGAGAGACAGCUGUGCCGUGAUGCCAUCCUGCCAAUGCCAGUCAUGUGUGAGGUACCUUGCCCAAAAGACUGUGCUCUGAGCCCCUGGACCACCUGGUCUCUCUGCUCCCACACCUGCUCUGGAAAAACCACAGAAGGAAAGCAGACCAGAGCUCGCUCCAUUCUGGCUUAUAAUGCUGGAGAAGGUGGAACCCGGUGCCCAAACGUGAGCGCCCUGCAGGAGGCACGGACCUGCAAUGAUCAUCCCUGCACUGUGUACCACUGGCAGGCCGGCCCCUGGGGUCAGUGCCUAGAGGACACCUCCAGCCUGGCAACCAACACCUCUGUGAGCCGAACCAAAAGUGAAAAUGCCUCCUGCUCAGUUGGGAUGCAAACACGCAAAGUCAUCUGUGUCCGGGUCAAUGUUGGCCAAGUUCCUCCCAAAAAAUGUCCAGAAAGCCUGCGUCCAGACACCGUCAGGCCCUGCCUGCUGCCAUGUAAGAGAGACUGUAUCGUCACCCCGUACAGCGAGUGGAGCGGCUGUCCAUCCACGUGCCAAGCAGGUCACAAUGCCAAAAAGAAGCAGCACCGAAAACGAGUCAUCAUUCAGUUCCCAGCUAAUGGGGGACAGGACUGUCCAGAGGUGCUGACUCAGGAGAGAGAGUGUGAGGCUCCAACAGUGUGUCACUCAUACAGAUGGAAAACCCACAAGUGGCGGCGAUGCCAACUAGUUCCAUGGUCAGUCCGGCAGGACAGCCCUGGUGCUCAUGAGACCUGUGGACCGGGCCUGCAAGUUCGAGCUGUUUCAUGUCAGAAGCAGGAUGGUGGACAGGCAGAAGUUGAAGCUUGUCUUAAAUUUGCUCUUCCAAUGCCACCUCUCACCCAACCAUGCCAACUGCCCUGCCAAGAAGACUGUCAACUCAGCAGCUGGUCCAAGUUCUCCUCCUGCACAGUCAACUGUGUGGGUGUCAGAACCCGCAAGAGGAUCCUGAUGGGAAAGAGCAAAAAGCGUGACCAGUGUAAAAAUCACAAGAUAUAUCCAUUGACUGAGACCCAAUACUGUCCAUGUAACAAGUACAAUGCUCAGCCUGUUGGGAACUGGUCUGACUGUAUCCUACCUGAGAGUGGACGCAUGGAGGGUCAAGUGGGCAUGAAAGUCCAAGGUGACAUCAAGGAGUGUGGCCAAGGAUACCGCUACCAGGCUACAGUUUGCUAUGAUCAGGACAACCGUAUAGUAGAAUCAUCUCGUUGCAAUAGUCAUGGUUACAUUGAGGAAGCAUGCAUUAUUCCUUGUCCCUCUGACUGCAAGCUGAGUGAGUGGUCCAACUGGUCACGCUGCAGCAAGUCCUGCGGCAGUGGGGUCAAAGUUCGCUCAAAGUGGCUCAGAGAGAAGCCUUACAAUGGUGGAAGACCAUGUCCUAAACUGGACCAUGUCAAUCAGGCUCAGGUGUACGAGGUGGUGCCUUGCGUCAGUGACUGUGGGCAGUAUGUUUGGGUGUCAGAGCCCUGGAGUGUGUGGAAGGUCAACAAUGUGGAGCUGAAGGAUGACUGUGGUGAAGGUGUCCAGACCAGGAAAGUUCGCUGCAUGCUGAACACCGUAGACGGACCAUCAGAGCAGGUGGAGGACUACCUGUGUGACCCAGAGGAUAUGCCUUUGGGGGCGCGCAACAGGCAACUGCCUUGCCCUGAUGACUGUGUCCUUUCAGACUGGGGAGCCUGGAGCCCAUGUCCUCUGCCUUGUAGUGACAACAACACUCGGACGAGGACCGCUUACCUAAUCCGGCAGCCUGCAAAGGAAAAACAAUGUCCAGAAACUAAGGAGACCGAGUCCUGCCAACUCAACCACAACUGCUUUCAUUAUUCCUACAACAUAACAGACUGGAGCACUUGCCAGCUGAGCGACAGAGCCGUGUGUGGAAAUGGAUUUAAAACCCGCAUGCUGGACUGUGUACGCAGUGAUGGCAAAUCUGUGGACCUCAAAUUCUGCAAAGAGCUUGGCCUAGAAAAGAAAUGGCAGAUGAACACUUCCUGUGUUGUGGAGUGUCCUGUCAACUGUCAGCUCUCUGACUGGUCAGCGUGGUCUGAGUGCUCCCACACCUGUGGACUCACAGGUAAAUUGUGGAGAAAGCGGGUAGUGAUCCAGGCACCCCAAGGUGAUGGAAGACCGUGUCCAAACCAAAUGGAGCAGUGGAAGCCAUGCCUCGUGAAGCCCUGCUACAACUGGCAUUACAGUGCCUGGUCUGAGUGCAAGGCUGAGGGAGCGAGGUGUGGAGAAGGUCUACGCUUCAGGAAUGUGUCAUGCUUUGUGUCAGAUGGGUUGGGUCAGGCAGAUGGCACCCUUGUGGAUGAUGAGUUGUGUGGAGAUAUGGAGCCUUUUGUGAAUGGCGACACACAUAUCAUUCUGCAGGAAGCCUGUACUGUUCCAUGUCCAGGAGAAUGCUACCUGACAGAAUGGACAGUUUGGAGUUCAUGCCAGCAAAGCUGUGUGAGAGGAGUUGACCUGGGCUUUGGUUCAGUGCAGGUCCGAUCCAGAGCAGUUGUGGCCCAGGACCCAGAGAACCUUCUACACUGUCCACCUCAGGAGCUGGAGGCCCGUCCUUGUACAGAGGGACAAUGUUUUGAAUAUACAUGGAGGACUGGACCAUGGAGAGGCUCAUCACGCCAUGUCUGGUGUCAGCGAUCAGAUGGGCUCAAUGUCACAGGUGGAUGUCCAACAACAACUAAGCCACUGUCCGACCGACACUGUGACCCACCCUGCACCAAACUGCGAUCCUUAUGCACAGAAGCCGGGGUAUGUGGCUGUGAGGAGGGUUACACUGAAGUCAUGACAUCUGACGGCCUACUGGAUCAGUGUACCGUGAUCCCGGUGCUGGAGAUCCCCACUGCAGGUGACAACAAGGCUGACGUCAAAACCAUCCGGGCCUUUAACCCCACCCAGCCAGCAGCCAGCAGCCCUGGCAGGGCUGGACACACCUGGUUUCUUCAGCCCUUCAGUCCAGAUGGGAAGUUGAAGACCUGGGUGUAUGGAGUAGCAGCAGGAGUCUUUGUUCUGCUGGUCUUCAUCAUAUCUAUGACAUACUUAGCAUGCAAAAAGCCAAAGAAACCCCAGAGACGGCAAAUGAAUAACAGACUGAAGCCGCUCACUUUAGCCUAUGACGGUGAUGCAGACAUGUAGACGUCAUCUGGACCAAACAAUGCCGACCGACUGGAGAGAAACUUUGAAAACUCCUGGAGGUCAGGCUUCCACUGGGCAUUGUUCAACCAACAACUGAUGGCAAGAUCGAGACACUGAAUGCAUGUCCAAUUGCUGGCUGGACAUUUGGUCCUUCCCUUUUAUUUAUUUCUUAAUUUAUUUGUUUUACUUUUGACUUUGAUCCAUUGUUAAACAAUGGCUUCCUUUAUCUUCUGCUAGAUAUUUGCCUUUGACUCUCUGACAUCUACUGCCAUUCAAACCCAAAUUAAGCUUCCUGGAAAGAAUCCACAAGAACAAACUAUUUGCUCUGAGGGCACAAGUUGUAUUUGCCUUUUUGUUGCCAUUGUGUUGGAUCUUCUGUGUAGGACAUCUGCCAUUCUUUGUCCAGAAAUGGAUAAUGUUGUCAGUCUGUCAUUAUUAAACCCCAGCUUCAGCCGGUAAAAGU